AAAUUGGAGAUUUUUUGAAAAAUCGUGAUUUAAACGUAUAUUGCUAACUACGAGACAGACAGGCAUAUGGUCUGACUUUUCAGACUGAAGGCAACUGUGCCGGAAGAGCUCUGUGGAGAGAGAGAGGAAACCAAAUUUCGGUGGUAAACUUUGUUUUUUUGGAGGGAAAAGAAUGCCGAGAAGCCGAAUCUCAGGCGGUUUCAGUGCACCCACCAUCGAUGUCUUCGUCGACUUAGGUCACCCUUUCCUCAAUCGGACAUUCGAUGGUUUCCUCAAGAUCGGAGCUGUUGGUGCUUCAAGAGUGGCGGCAGAAGAAGCUUACUACUCCAUAAGUAAAGGGACAGUUUCAAAACACAGGCUUGAACAUACAUUAAAGAAGAUGUGCAAGGAAGGGGCUCUAUGGGGGACUGUUGCUGGAUUGUAUGUGGGAAUGGAGUAUGGAAUUGAAAGAGUUCGUGGCACACGAGAUUGGAAGAAUGCUAUGAUUGGGGGUGCAAUGACUGGUGCUCUGAUAUCAGCAGCGAGCAAUAAUAACAGGGACAGGAUAAUGGUGGACGCGAUUACUGGGGGUGCUGUUGCUACUGCUGCUGUUUUUAUUAACUACAUUACAUGAGAGUGAGACUUUUCCAUUGUAUGGGGUAUCCAUUGCCUUCAGAAAUUAGUAGAAUGUUAACUCGUUGAUUAUAGGGUAAAUCAUAUGCAUGAUCGGUAUGCUGCCUUUUAUAUAUUCAUGUGUGAAAAUGAAGAGCUAAUUGGUCUCUAUCAUCCAUCCUAAUAUUGGAUGGCGGAUGCAAUGCAUGUGUAUAUAUCAUGUAUCCUGUAGCUUCCUAUGUCAUGAUAAAAACUUUCAAGUUGUGUCUGGCAAUUUCGAAACUGGAAAAGGGUUUUGUGCCCCUGUGGAAACAAAGUUCUCACUUGCUUCUAUGGG